CAUAUUCUUUCUUACUUAUUUAUUGCACCCAUUACAUGGAAAGAAAAAGACAGAGUGCGUCAUGAUUUACUAGACCCCCGCAUUCUCUCUCUUCAUACACUUCCAUCCACUCAGAGAGAGAGAUAAUGAAAAGAACUUGUUUUGAUCACAUCUGGUGAAGGACUGUGACUGGAGUGUUAAUAUGCACACAGGUGUAUCCCCUGUGUAGGGUCAUAUAGAAGCAAGCUGGAUUGGAACAUAAUACCAGAAAAAGAGCUUGUGCCACUGGAUGUGGACAGGUCAAAUCUGCUUCAAAUGCUUGAAAGAAGUUGAUUAUUUGAUCCUGAUGAGCAGAAAAACAGAAAGAAGACAACAUCUGCUGUCAAGAACUGACAAACGCAGCUGCCUACGGUUUUCCAGACGUUGGAACUUUCAGUGGGUGUCUGUGGUCAGAGCAGAUCAAAGCAGAUAUUUUUUCACGAUGAACACCAGAGGUGUGAUUGGUGUAGACACAAACAGCCAUGCGUAAAAAGGACCUCAUCCCCACUGUGAAAGAUGGUGAUUAGUCUUUGAUAUUGUAUGGACAUUUUUCUUCCAAAUGCCCUGGAGAACUUGUUUGGAAACACAUUAUCAUGGACUCCAUCAGGUACCAGCAGAUGCUAAAUGAAAACCUGACUGCCUCAAAAAGGAAGCUUAAAAUUGGUCAUGUUUGGAUCUUUGAGCAAGACGGUGAUCCAAAGGACACCCUUAAAAUCAACACCUUGAUCACAGCAGUCCCUUGACCUAAACCCCUUAGAAAACCUGUGAGAGAAGCUGAAGAGGAGCACGAAACUGAAGGAUCUGGAGAGAUUCUUAAUGGAGGAAUGGUUUUAGUUGCCUUGCCAUGUGUUCUCCAGCCUUAUUAAGCAUUACAGGAGAAGACUGAGUGCUGUUGUCUUUGCAAAAAGAGGCUCCACAAAGAUGAAUAUUUAUUUCAUAAGAAUAUGUAGGUUUUUUCUUUCAGUCGUCGCACUUUGAAUAAAGGUUACAUUUUUGUAAGAAAGAUCAAAAGGAUCUUUACUCAUGUUCACUACAGGUGCCAAUAUUUGUGGAGGGCACUGUACACCAGUUGGUUAGCCUGCUACAGACAAUGCAUACUCACAGUGUUUACACUGGAAUUGAUAGAUAUGUGUACACGAGGAAAGUCAUUUAAAAAUCUGAUCUUAUAGUUGCCACAGUGUUAUGAGGCAGGUGAGUUUAUGACCUUAGGACAUACACACAAAUACACAGAGAUCGUUCUUCCUUGCACAUGUUUUUCUUGAACACUUAAACUUGUAUUUAUUUGAAUGAGAUCCUGUCUUUUUUUCACUGAAAUGAAACUGUAGGAAAACAGCAAUGUGACAGCAAUGGCAAUACUAACAGGCUAGCCUGAUAACCGGUGCUUUGGUUCACUUGUGUAAAAAGAAACAUCAAAAAUAUCAACAAAAUUGUGUUUAUACUUUGGUUUAGUCCUCUUCAAUAGCAUCUUUACUGAAGCUCCAGUUGUUUGAAACUCAAUUAUAUCACUAAUAGUGGGUAUUUGUGAUACAGUUGUCAAGCUAUUUUAUAGCUUUUGCAUAAUUUUCAGUUAAUGAGUGUCAGCAAUGUUUUAUCUCAUUUCAUUUUUGUGUUCUGUGAGCUUUCCUGUGGUGAUGGAUGACUGAAGGUGCAUGGCUUGUGUGUCACCUGUGUACUUUAGUAAAUCAGGGAGGGUAGAGGAUGGCUGCAACCGUGAACGAGACAUACAACAACACUUGUGUGAGCAUUGAAAUCAGUCCAAUUAGUGAUCUGCUAAUGAGCAUCUACAUUAUUGCUUUGGUCCUGGGCCUCAUUUUCAAUCUGCUCACUGCUUGGCCCAUUGUCCAGCAGAUCCGUAGCAAGAAUGUGCUAGGGGUUUACCUCCUCAGCCUUUCUGUGUCUGAUCUGCUCUAUAUCCUUACCAUGCCUCUGUGGAUCUAUUACUACCACCAUGACCAUAAAUGGACUCUUGGUCAGGGCAUGUGCAGGCUCGCUGGUUUCUUCUAUUACUCCAACAUGUACAUUAGUAUCUACCUCCUGUGCUGCAUCUCCAUUGAUCGUUGCUUGGUGGUCACCUUCCCCCUAAAGGUCAAAUCCUUUCGUCAUUGCAAAUAUGCUUGGCUUAUCUGUGGUCUCAUUUACAUCUUUGUUAUGAGCCUACACACUGUGGUUUUGUACACAGAUAAGAAUGACCUGAUGGACUCCCAGAAGCACUGUUAUGAGACCUAUCCCAUGACUGAGCAUGUAGCUUUUUUCAACUUCUUGCGAGUAGGUAUUGGUUUUCUCCUACCACUGCUAGUCCUAGCAGUCUGCUACUGGCAGAUCCUGAGCAAGGUACAGAAAAGCACAGGGGUGGAUAAGCAAGGCAAACGCAAAGUCAAGCUGCUGUCAGUGGGAGUCAUUGCCAUCUUCUCCAUCUGCUUUGCCCCCUACCACAUUCUCUUACUGGCACGGUCAAUUGCUUUUAAUAGAAUGGACAAGAAGGCUUACUGCACCUUUGAGCAAGCACAGCACUUUACCUUCUCCUGCACUUUGGCCUUGUCCAGUCUCAACAGCAUAAUGGACCCAUUGCUUUACGUACUGGUCAGUAAUGUGAUAAGGGAAGACAUGUGGCUGUGUUGGAGAAACAGGCAGACCUGUGGGGAGAUGAAGUGUUUGCCAUUUUAAAAUGGAAAGCUUUGGAAACUGAGACCUUUAAACAACUGUGAUCUGAUUCUGUGUCCAGUCAUGUACAUUCUAAGCCACUGUAAUAUUUAAAAGGACAGACAUGUCAGUGUGUCCAUGUGAGAAUCAAAGAUAUAUUUCUAAGUUGCAUUUAUGGUACUGUGUUUAUUUUCUGUUGAAUGUCUAACUUGGGCAUGGCCCAAGUGUUGUGAAAUAGUUUUUCAAUUUAUCAUACUUCAUUUUUAUGUCACUAGAGCAAUGAUGGUUUGCAUACAAGUGUUUGUGUGUUCAUAUUCUGAACCUUCACUGAAAUUAUUUUUUGAAAUUAUUUUUCUGUGCAACCUACUUCUUAUGAACUUCUCCCUUCUUCAUAUAUGAGCACAUUGAGCAUAUUUAACAUUCAGUAAAGUGUCUUGGCUUCUACAGUUA